UAGCCAUCCAGCAGCGACCGUUUCCUGUUCUCUCUGACUCGCCUCUCCUCCGUCUCUCCGUCUGUCUGUCUGUGGAUCUCUGAGUGACAGCCAUCAUGUUCGUUGCUCCACCUGGCUACCAGCUCUACAACCCUAGUAUCCCCUAUGUGGGGCCGAUCUACGGUGGGCUGAGAUCAGGGAUGUCUAUUUACAUCCAGGGAGUCAUCCCUCACGAGAUCACCAGGUUCAACAUGAACUUGCAGUGUGGAGAAUCUGAGGGCAGUGAUAUCGGCUUUCACUUCAGCCCUUGCUUCGACAACUGGGACAAGGUGUGUUUCAACAGCUGCAGGAAGGGCAAUGGGUUCAGAGAGGAGAUCCACAACAUGCCUUUUGUCAAGGGAGACGCCUUCGAGAUGUGUAUCAUCAUCAACCAGGAGGGUUACCAGCCCCUGUUCCGUUCUCUGACACUGACACUCUGUCCACAGGGAAACCUACCGGUCAUGGAUGGACAGACAAUAUUUAAACCUCCUGUCCCGUACUCCCUCGUGAUUCCAGGAGGGAUGUCUCCUAAGAAGACCAUCGUCAUCAGAGGCAUGGUGCCUCUAGGAGCUAACGGGUUCUCUAUUAACUUCAAAGUGGGCAGCUCAGGGGAUAUAGUGUUCCACCUGAACCCUCGUCUACAGGGGAAAGAGGUGGUGAGAAACAGUUUGAUUGGUGGGAACUGGGACACGGAGAGAGAGAGGUCAGCAUCAACCCCUUCCUGGAGGGAGAGUACUUUGACGUGAUUAUGUGUUUCUGUGGUGUCGUCCUGUCUCUCUCUCUCUCAGAUGUCUAUCCGUUGUGGGAACCAGCGGUUCAAGAUGUUUGUGAACGGGCAGCACUUGUGUGACUUCUUCCACCGCUUCCAGAAUUUCAGUGAGAUAGACACCCUGCAGCUGGAGGGAGACGUACAAAUCUCAUACGUACACUUCUGAGCCAACACACACA